CAUGACUUGAAGCGAGCACUACUUGGUCCGGAGUACCAAAUAUAGUCUCUCUGUAGCUCAGAUAUGGGCAGCGAUGGCGACUUUCAAGGGGCCGAUAGACCGACGCUUGAGAGAAACACCUCCUCCUAUUGAUGAGAGAAAUGUAGCGGAUGAUAGCGGGACAGAUCCUGAGAUACGAGAGCCAAAGCGUCAAAGGCAAUUAACAUCCCAGCCUUACUUCGUUGACCCAACUAGAAUCCAGAUUGGCUCUAGUAGUCCGUUGCACUCCGACUCAUGCCAUGGGUCUCAGCCGUCAUCUCUAGGCUACGUCGACCACGAUACGCAUUCCCUGGCCAGAGCCCCUGAAGACGCUACGCUACGCCUUGCCUCGUGCGUGAUUCGGCAUAUCGUGUACUAUGCUGCAUCUCAGGACUCAACAUCGCAGGCGAUAGUUGUCGAGUUUCGGGAUGCAAAAUCAAGGCUUGCGCCCAAGACACCUACUGGAGGACUUCAGAUGAUUGCAAUUGAUGACGGCGGCCUUUGUCUACAAGAGCAGAAGCCAGAUGGUGGCUUCAUGUUUACAAACAACCAUGUCGCUGUCCUGGAAGCCAAACCGCACUUUCAGUGCCUAGAGAACGGUAGACCUGUCAUCUCAGACGGGAACCUUGCACAAAUGAUAUGUCAAGCCCUGGCAACCAGAUGCUCUUAUCUCAAUGUUCUCUCACAACAAAGUGUCAUUGUUAUCAAUGCUACCCAGCACUACCUUUGCUUUCUUCAAGUGGAUAUAGGGAAUGAAUAUCUCUACAAUUUCGAGGGCACUUCACCAAGGCACAUGUUUUCUACUCCCUGGUUUGACUUGAGCCAGAGAAGUGGGAGAGAGUCUAUACUUGCCAACCUAUGUGGGAUCAUGCGUCGAGCAAUUUCGGUGUGA